AUGUCGGCGUGGAGGCCCCGGUGGUGGUGGUGCUGGCGGCCGGGGCUGCUGUGGGGCGGCGCGGGGGGCUACGUGGUGGUCAGCUCGGUGUCCUGGCCGCUGCCCGAGGCGGCGACGGGCGAGCUGCACAGCUCCUCCACCGAGGAGGCGCUGCCAGCCCUGCUGGAGGAGCCGGGCGGGCUGUGGAAGCAGAGCUUCCCCGCCUCGGCUUACCGGGAGGACGCGGGGCCGGCGGCGAGGCGCCCGGGGCAGGGGGCCGCCCUGCCCGCCAUGUUCUCCUACCGGCGGCACAGCCGCGCCGCCGCCGCCCGCUUCCUCGCCCGCCACAACGCCCGGGGCUUCGUGGCCGCCCGCGGAAAGGUCCUAGGUAUGCCCUUUGGGAACUGUUUGCUUAUCAGCGACGGUCCUGUCAGUAACAGCACUGGAAUCCCUUUCUUUUAUGUGACACCUAAGGAUAAUGCCAUGGCAGAUCUCCUGAAGGAUCCUGUGGCUUCUCUGACCCUGCCAGAGGCAGAUGGAAAUUUCUGAAGAAAAAAUGUAGUUGAUCCGGAGGAUCCAAGGUGUGCCAGACUGACUCUCACAGGACAGAUGGUCACGGUGCCUCCAGAGGAAACGGAAUUUGCCAAGCAAGCAAUGUUUUCUAGGCACCCAGUGGUACAAAAGUGGCCUCGUAGCUAUGAGUGGUUCUUCAUGAAAAUGAACAUUGAGCACAUCUGGCUUCAGAGCUGGUAUGGAGGAGUUUAUGCCAUUCCAGUAGAAGAAUAUUUAAAAGCAGCUCCAAGUAAAGCUUGAUUGAAUGGGCUUUGAGAGAUCUUCUGUUUUUCCUUUCCAAACACUGUUAAAAGUUCAUGUUGGAUGGUUACUUCACAGUGAUUUUUUUGUUUGUUUGUUUUCCACAAGGCUUCAAAAUAGCUCUGUCUUACAUGGAGCAGAGUGAAAAUAGCCAACACAGGCUUUCAAAUUGUAAGUGAGAGGUGGCACUAGCCCUACCCUGCAAUGUAAAAACACGUCAUUUCCAGCAGGCAAUAUAUCACCUUGAACACUGCUUAAAAAUGUUUUGUACCUGUUGUUUGGGCUUUUUUUUUUUCCUUUACACCCAAUGAGAAACUAUAGUAUGUGUUAACUAUAAUGUUCUGAUUUACAGAAAAAGCAAAUUGCCUAUUCAGGACCCUCUAUAUAUUGUGGAAGUACUAUUGCUGCUUGGUCUCUCAUUUUAGAAGUACUCUAAGCUAAAUCUAAUAGCUGCAACUUCAGAUAUUUAAGUUGGUAAACAUAUUGUACUAAGGCUGUCCUCAUUUGCCAACUUAUAUUUUCUACAUGUAUUUUUCCCUAAUUAUCUAAUCUGGUCUUUCGCUUGGAAAUUGAGUUGAAAGGCUCCAAAGACUCCUUUUGUGGAAAAAAAUGCAAGCAGAUCAAAGAACACAGCUUCAAUAUAACUUGUCUUUUACUGCCACAGAGCUGGUUAAACAUGUUAAGGGACAAAACCAAAUCAGGCUCACAAGAAUUAUCCCAAUACAAGUAUAAACGUUCUUAUUUAAAGAAUGUAAAUAUAAUGUAAUGUUCUCAGCUAGCCCAUUCCUGUUACGAGGCACAAAAAGCAUUUCAAUAGCCUGUAGUCCUGAAUUUUCUGCACUCAAUCUCCAGCCACCGCUUUAUUUUUAACUCAUUUGUGCAACUGAUUUCUGUAAACCCUCACCAACUCAUCUAGGGGUGGAGCUACUCCAUUAACUCUGUUUUCUCACUAAGGUUUAAAGGGUUUCUUCAUUAAUCUAAUUUUUAAAGUAGCCUAAAGAUAGAUACUUCAGAUCAUGAAAAUCCACUUUCCUAGUGUGAAAAGUGCAAACCUGGUUGCAAACACACUGUGCAUAUGAUAAUACCAAAAGAGUUCAAAGCGUUUUUCUCUAGAUGUCCUGGUAAUCUUACUCUGCAGUUCCUAGAGGUGUCACACAGUAAAAGGUCCAAUGGCUAACUGUCCAAGUCAUGACACAAUUUGAAAAAUUACACGGCUGUUCUCCCUGUUGAAUUAAGAGCGAGCCAGAUUGAGGUAGCUUUUCUGCGCAUCUCUGGGAGGGAAGCAGAGCCCUGGGCACUACCCCACACCACAGCAGGCAUGAGGAGUGUGGGUUUCUCAGCGAGCGACCUGAGCUUUUACAGUUUAAUCCCUGGACAGAGCUCCCAGGCAGCUCAGGGAGCUGCGACCAGCUGGAAGCCAAUUAACUGUAGCUGAGAUUAUUCUGGUUCAUGCAUGAAGAGAGAGCGUCAUUUCCUCAGCAGAGCUGGGCAACACGCUGUUUGAACUUCCAAGGGCUGUUUAGACCUUGGGUUCAAGCUCCAGGCAUCGCCACCAUUCCUAAUAUUCUGCAAGAACUGAAGGAAAAUGGGUGGGGGGGGGGGGGGGGGGGAGCCUUUAUUUGUCAUUUGCUAUGCCUUGUGCUUUCCUGUCUCAUUGCCAGUGCGUCUCUUAGCAGUGCGGAUCUUUUGCAGAGGCAAUUAUGCAAGAGGAGGUAGCGUCCUGCCUGAAUCUGUUUCCUUUAUUUUCUUGGCAGAUGAGCAGCACUCUCCCAUACGACUUUGCCCCUAGAUCUGGUACCCUGUACUACUGAAGCAAAAUGGCUGGCCCUGUACAGAUGUAUAGAAUGCCAUUAAGUGAAAUCCUCCUGGAUUCUUGGAUUUUUUUUCCAUGGAGAUCUUUGUCCACUAUGGAACAAACACUUUAACAGACACUUUGUGUGUAGAGUAUCAGGCCCUGGAAGGGAAUCUCCACAGGUGUAAACUACACAUUUCUGUGCAAUUUAAUUACACAGUUUAUCAUCCUAGUUCACUGCUGUUCCCAGAGAAACCUGAACUAAUCUUAUUCUCCCCCCUCCAUGCCCCAAACACACAGAUUGAGCAAAUCCAGUGUAGGAGCCUGAUGUUUAAACAGGCUGAAGAACAGGAUAGGAAUUUUAGAAAUGAUAACUAUACUUUCAUUUUCACUUGCAUUCUUAGACAGCUUGAUAGCAGAAACAUGGUCCUACUGUAUACUAUCCACUACUUAUUAACACUCUUGCCUUAAAGCAGUGAGGCAUUGUACCAACAAUAUUUCACAGAGCUGUAACUGUUUAAGAAGUCAGUGUGCUCUAAGAAAGGAUUUGAAUUUACUGUACACUGCUUGCUAUCUGCUGUUUCCCUGCAUGGUUAGAUUAACUGGAGUAGGUACUGUAUUAUAAAUUGACACAUUCAUCAAGCAGCUUUUCUGUACGGACAAGCCUCGAGACUCUUGACAGCCUCAGAACAUGAAACGGCAAUAGCAUGUAAAGUGACAAAAGGGGCUUCAUAAAGAAAUGCUGUCGUAAAUCACCUGCUCUCAUUUCAUGCUUUCUUCUCCCAAAGAAUACCUUCCAUAAAAGUUCUUGAAAGUCUGUAGAAAUUCAUCAAAAAUACGAGCUGCAGAUUUUGAGUGGAAUUUUCUGGAGCACAAAAAGGGAGGACAUAGUCAAUAGUUUGUUUAACUGGGCUUUACAUUAUUAAUUAUAUUCUGCUUCCAAGUUUUUUUAAAGUGGCAAAUGUCUCGAGUGAUAUUGAUCAUCACAUGCCUGGUGAUGUUUGUUAAAGCUUUUAAUCCAAAGAGUGUUAUCAAGAUAGCAUAAUAAAGACUAUUUCCUUGAGACUGUAAGGGGUCUCAUCUUGCUUCAGCUCAAGUUGAUAGCAGACCUAUUUAUUUAUUGUGCUUUGAUUACUAGAUCAAGGAAACCUCUUAGAACUCUAAGACCUCAAGACCUCUUUUAGAAAAGGUCUUGAUAAGCCCUAAUGAACUUAAUAAACAUUUCAACUAGUUGAUGUGCAAUUUAUUGCCACGUGUUCUGUAUUUUAGUUAUUUCUGUAGCUUCCCCAAAAACACUUGUUGUGCAAUGCAUAUUAUUUAAAACUUUAGCUGUGGCUUUGCAAUAUUUAAGAGAUGCAUUUAAUCAUGUCUGUAUAUUAGCUGAAAAAAAGGAAGAUAAAGUUCUGAAACUUAGGUUCAAACUUUUUGCUACUUUGUGCAAACAUCAUGCAUGCACAGGGUUGAAGCAUGAUUAGCUUUAACUGCUGUACUAAUUUAGCCAAAGAACACUCCAUUACUGAUGAAAUUUUCAUUAUUUAGCUGGAUGAAAUUCAGUAUGUCUUGUUUCUGGACGUGUAUUGCAAUCUGCAACGUAUUUUGAUUUCUAAAGAUAUUGAAUGUUGUUAACAAAAUGCCGAUCAAGGGACAAAACGCAAAUAAAACAAAUUUCAAAGGGGAA